AAAGCUCCAUAUAUAUACAUAUAUUGUUUUGAGUAAAAUUAUAUGAAGUAAAGAAGAACUCCCAGGGAGAUUAAGGAUCGUCAUCCAUCGUUGUUAGGGGGAUUUAAUGGUACGGUAUUGAUUUAAACCACUAGAGGGCAUUUCUUGGGCGGCUGAAAGGAACUGACGGGCUGGACUCUCCUUGAAGAGAAGCAGAGUGCAGACUACACAAGUAUUGUGCAAGCAUAAGAUCUCUCAGAAACCCUAGAAAAUGGCGGAAUCGGAAUCGGCAUCGGCAUCGGCUCAGGCAGGACCAGGCGGUGGAAUGGGGUCUCUGAAAGACAAGGGCAAUGAGUUCUUCAAAGCCGGGAACUACCUCAAAGCAGCUGCACUAUACACCCAGGCUAUCAAGCAAGAUCCUUCCAACCCUACUCUUUACAGCAACCGUGCUGCAGCAUUUUUGCACCUAGUCAAGCUCAAUAAAGCACUCGUGGAUGCUGAGACAACAAUAAACUUGAACCCACAGUGGGAAAAGGGUUAUUUUAGGAAAGGUUGCAUAUUGGAGGCCAUGGAACGAUUUGAUGAUGCCUUAGCUGCCUUCCAAGUUGCUUUGCAACACAAUCCACAAAGUUCAGAAGUAUUGAAAAAAGUAAAGAGGCUUUCACAAUUAGCAAGAGAUAAAAAGAGAGCACAAGAAGUAGAAAACAUGAGAUCUAAUGUGGAUAUGACAAAAUAUUUGUCUUCUUUGACGUCUGAACUGUCUGAAAAGUAUGGAGUGGAAGAACGCUGGAAAGAAAUGUUUUCUUUCCUUGUUCAAACAAUGGAGGCAGCUGUAAAAUCAUGGCAUGAAACUUCUAAGGUGGAUGCCAGAGUGUACUUCGUUCUUGAUAAGGAAAAGACAGAUACAGAUAAAUAUGCCCCUGUUGUCAAUAUUGAUAAGGCAUUUGAAUCGCCCCAUACGCACAGCAGUUGUUUUUCAUUUCUAAGGCAGUAUGCUGAGGAUUCUUUCUCCAAAGCAGCUUGCUUAGUCGCACCCAAGAGUAUCAUUUCAUAUCCACAGGUAUGGAAAGGUCAAGGAUCAAGGAAAUGGAGGCAUGGACAAAAUGAUGGCUUUUUUGUUCAAUUUGAGUCACCUUUCCUGCGAAAACUGUGGUUCAUUCCCAGUUCAUCUGAAAAGGGGCAAACACUAUGCAGGGAUCCAGAAGCUUUGGACACAAGUGCCCAUGAGGUGCUUCCGCGGUUAUUUAAACAAACAUCCCGCAAAUCAUGAAGUCCUUUCCGCGUUGGUGAGAAAUCCGCAAAUCAUGAAGUCCUUUCUGCGUUGGUGAGAAAUCCAUGUGGGGGAAGUCGGUGACACACUCAGAAGGGCUGACAUUUGUUCCGAAAGAAUGCAGUAUGCUUGUGUUUUGCAUCAGUUUGUUGCCUGAUUUUCUGCUUGGAAGUGAUUAGCACAUACAGGAAAGCAUUUCCGAGUUGCCCCAUGUGCAUUACUCAAUUUUGACCUCUUCCGAGUGUUUUGUGAGCUUAUUUGGGUGAUUAAAUUUUUGGAUUUUUUUUUCACUGUAAAACUAGUAAUUUAAGCUUAAUGGUUUGUGUGUAUUCUGGUGUUAAGGAUGGGUUCGGCCCUUGAAUAGUUUGAAUCGUGAAAUUCAAGUUGAGUAUUAGGCUUAUUGCGUAGAUUGUAUAGAUGUGGCUGCGACUCGAAAGUAGUUUGGGUAAUACAAAUAUUUUUCUGGUAA